ACGCUCCGCCUCGCCGAGCAUCGUCCUGCACCACCCGCCCUGCGCUCAUUUAAGGCGGCUCCGCGGGCUGAGCGCUGUGUGGGCGCAGUUCGCUUCUCGUGGAGGAGUGUCCCGCAGUUUAUCGCACGUUGGCGCCAUGUCCGCCCCCAGGCUCUUCGCCCUCGUGCUGGUGGUGCAGCCGCCUCGCGUCCUCCUGGGCAAGAAGAAGAGCGGAUUCGGGGCCGGGCUGUGGAACGGCUUCGGAGGAAUCGUGGAGCCGGGGGAGAGCAUCGAGGAUGCGGCGCGGAGGGGGCUCAAGGCAGAGAGUGGGCUGACUGUGGACACCCUGCAGAAGAUGGGUCAGAUCACUUUUGAAUUUGUAGGCAACUCUGAACUCAUGGAGGUUCACGUUUUCCGAGCGGAUCAGUUUCAUGGAGAGCCAAAGGAAAGCGAUGAAAUGCAGCCUCAGUGGUUUCAGCUGGAUGAGGUGCCAUAUAAACAGAUGUGGCCGGAUGAUGUCUAUUGGUUCCCAUUGGUGCUUCAAAGAAAGUUGUUUCGAGGCUACUUCAAGUUCCAAGGACAAGACACCAUUGUGGAGCACACCCUGAAUGAAGUGGAGCAGCUUUAAGAGGAAGGCAGAAGCUUCAUUCCAUGUGCUGCUGCCCACAUUGGGCCGGGACACCACGAGUGUUCACAGGGAGCUCCUUCCUCAGCUCCCCAGCAGGAGGCUGACAGCCAGGACACGGGGAAGUAGAGAAAAUAAGGGGGUUUCUUAGAGCAGAAAUAAACAGUGAACAUUUCCAUGCUGUGAAGUCCCUGACGAUGAGAUGCUUCAGUGGUUACUUGAUGACCGCUCUUGAGAAAUAAAGGGCUAGCAGGAA